UACUGCCACAAGCUAUGUGCAGUAUAUAUUUCUUGGUUCUAGCCAUACUUCUGCCUUGCUGCUUCGAGAUUCUAAUCUUAAGCUGCUCCACCGCCAUGAAGGAAACACUCCGGUACUUGGCCGGCAUUGCUGGCCCCAACGGCUACGGCUCCAAAACCACCGCCGAUCAAGUUGUCCGAUCUUUUUCUUCUUCCCCUCACCACCAUCUCACUGCCAUAAUCACCGGGGCGACUUCCGGCAUCGGAGCGGAGACGGCGAGGGUGCUGGCGAAGAGAGGAGUUCGACUAGUGAUACCGGCGAGGGAUCGGAAGAAGGCGGUCGCAUUGAAGGAAGGGAUUGAGAAGGAGAAUCCCAAGGUUGAGAUUUUCUUGUUUGAUAUUGAUCUCAGCUCAUUGGCUUCUGUCAAGAGAUUUUGUACUCAGUUUCUGGCACUUGGACUGCCACUUAACAUCCUCAUAAACAAUGCAGGCAUAUUCUCUCAGAAUCUGGAGUUUUCAGAGGACAAAAUUGAGAUGACGUUUGCAACAAAUUACAUAGGACAUUAUUUACUUACAGAAAUGCUACUAGAAAAGAUGGUAGAAACAGCAGAGCAAACAGGCAUCCAUGGAAGAAUCAUUAACCUCUCUUCUGUGAUUCACAGUUGGGUCAAAAGAGAGUGCUUCACCUUCACCCAGAUGCUCAACCCCAACAAGUAUAAUGCAACCCGUGCUUACGCUCAAUCCAAACUGGCGAACAUAUUACACGCCAAGGAAAUAAGCAGACAGCUAAAGGCAAGGAAUGCAAAAGUGACCAUCAAUGCAGUUCAUCCAGGGAUUGUAAAGACUGGGAUUAUCAGAGCACACAAGGGCUUCAUUACAGAUUCUCUAUUUUUUAUUGCUUCAAAACUGCUCAAGUCCACCUCACAGGGUGCAUCAACUAGUUGCUAUGUAGCAUUGAGCCCACAAGCACAGGAGUUGACUGGGAAAUACUUUGCAGACUGCAACGAAUGUAGCUGCUCGGCCUUGUCCAAUGACGAAUCCGAGGCUCGGCGGCUGUGGACGCACACCCGAGCUCUGAUCCACAGAAGAUUGCAGUAUCAAAUCACUACACCAUCUUAGAAUUUCAUGUCCUAAUG